UUUAUUUCAGUUUGUUGUAAUUUAAUAUUGUAAUUUAACCUUUAUACAUUCACUGUAACUAUAAUCACUGCAUUCAAUCUUAUAAACUAUGGAAUCUAAUGAAAUAGAAGCAAAGUGCAUGGAGUUUAAAAGUCGUAAAAAUGUAGAUUCAUUUGUGGCUUUACAAUUCGUUUUGAAUCUAUUGGUUGGUGAUAUUCACCCGUUUAUGAGGAAUUUAGCAAACCAAUUGAAAGAAGUUAAAAAAGAAGACGUCUCAGAAGAAUCUUUGCAGAAAAUUCAUAAUGUUUAUGUCCUGUGUUCAGAUCAAAUAAAAAAAUGUUUAAUUAACUUUCUGGACCUUAUAAGAAUAGAAAACAGGGGUGGAUAUUGUAUUUCGGAGAGCAGAAAUUGUUUGUUUGAGAGAAUUUCCUGGUGUUACCAAAGGUUGCUUACCACUGAGGAGCAACUGAACAACCUCAAGAAUAAUGAUCCAUUGAACCAAUCAAAUGACUCCUUACUUCUGGAUUCCAUGUAUUUUGUCAACUGGGUAGACCAAACAUUCGAGAUACUCAGUAAAAUGUCAAGUAUUGUUUACAAAACUAAUUUUGAAGAUGAGCUGGUGGAGUGUGUGAGAGGCUUGCACACGUCCAUAGAUGAGCUGCUGCUAUCUGCCAUGACGCUGUGCAGAUACUGUCUACCAUCUGACCAAGUUGUUGUUAAGGCUCGCUGUGAAGUAGUUCUAAGAGAAACAAAGGCACUUUUAAGUGAUUUAAUAGAAGGUGAUGUAGACUCUGAAUAUCAAGCUACUAGGGAGAAUUUGAAAUUACCCAUCAUGCCUUUCAAUGUAAGUGUGCUGAUAGAUGUAUUGAAGGAUGUUUUGUAUGCAUUAGAAACGAAUACAAACACAUCUCUACUAGCAUUACUAGUGCAUUCAUUCAGUCAGAAUGUGUCACCAGCACAUAUGCUCCAAGAACAUCUCAAAAAGUCCCACUUAUCAUGUUCCUGCUUGUCAGAAAGUUCUGAAGAUAUUGAGGAGACAUGUGAAUUUGUGAAAAAAUUUGAUACAUACAAUGAAAGGUUGCUGCAAAUUGGUACUUUUGCUAUGUCAUGCUCUUGUGAUGAGAAAAGAAUCCUAGGUCUCCGAAGUGGUCUAGCUAGCUUAGAAGCACUAGAUCCCCAUCUAGUACCUGCCCUGAUGCUGUCUCCUACCAGCCACCAUUCUGCAGUGCUUUUGAAUAUUUGGUCUGAAGAAGUGAUGCAGAUAAGAAAUAAUGUCUUCCUUAUUGUCGAUCCUUCUGCUUUUGCUGAGAAAACGAAGCAAAUAAUGCAACAAAAGUUGUUGGAGUUAAUGAAAGGAAAAAGCUACGAUAACAGCAGAACAUGUGAGGUCAUCAACAUUGGUUACUUGGUGUAUGAGUUCUUUGAUGUUUACAACAAGAAUGAACCGGAGGCUCUGCCUCAAAGUGAUGACCUGAAAUGUCUCCUUGAUAAUUUGUACAAAGCCCAAAUGGAAUGUAAGAUUGUAAGCAACAGUCUUUGCUCCGAAGGAGAUUUUGUCUACGACAUAAAGAAAGCAAACAUUACAGUUGGCUACAACAAACUUAUUAAAAGACUGCAACUUCUAUAUACAAUCGUAAAGAGAAUAUACUUUAUAUUUGUGCCUAAAGAAAAUGAUGAUGACUUCUAUAAUGAUGAACCAGCUGAAGUGAGAAAUGACACGUACACUUUAAACAUAAAGAAGCAAACCUAUGUACAGUCACCCAGAAAACCAGCUAACAUAACAAAAAGUAUAUUCGCGCGGACUAUCAACUUAAGAAAUACUCCACGAAAGCUACCAUUGGCCAUUUUAACAAGGCACUUGAAAACUAAGACGGAUUUGAGUUUUUCCAUCAAACUCGAUGAAAUUGAUCUCUCAGAUAUGAAGAAGCGUGAAUCUUCAAUAUUGUAUCAUCCAAAUGUAAAACCUAGGUCACUAAGAAAGGCGGUACUUAGCAAGCAUUUAACAGCCAAAUGUGAAAUGGAUAAUGUGAUGCAAGAUCAAUCUGAGAGAGGUUCUAAGGAUAGUUUCAUGGAUGAUUCUAUGAACUUACAAAUAACAGAUGUCCUAAACCAGCUGAACGAUUUAACAACUAGCGUGGCUGCGAAUAUGAGACGACCUUUCAAUUCCACUGCUAUCAUUGACAGAGAAGACCGUCCCAACCGUCAAGAAGUUAAUACUGCCAGAAAAGAAGUAGACAGUCUGAAUAUAACUCAACCGUCAGAAGUUAAUACUUUGGAACGAAUAAAAGACCUGGAACUUGUUGAGAGUAAACUCAGUGAUUUAAGAUUUGGACAUAUUGAAACAAGUCUAAGACUUCAUAAAUUAUUGAACGUGUCACUGUUUGUCGCCUGUUCAUUCUACGUCGGCCAGGUCUCCAGUCUACCGGCAGACACUUCUAAUCAAUGGCCAGUAUUCCAAAGGAGGAACUUGGCGAGCUUAGCUAGGGAGGGAUAUCUGAAAGGAGUGGGGGGCAGCGACAAGCGGAGCAUCUCGACCCUGGCCAAAAACGGUCAGCUCCCGACCUUCCGGUCUCCAUACGGUGAAGCCGUUAAGGAUGACCCUGAUGAUGAAGGGUCCCACGAGAAAAGGGACUUGGCUGCGCUAGCCGAGCUGCCGAGCUUCUCCGGCUACAAGAGAAACAUCCAAGCGCUGGCUCGAGACGGGCACCGCUUCGGCAGAAACCAGCAGACCGACAAACGCAACAUCCAAUCGAUGGCACGCAAUGGGUACAUACACAAGAGGAACGUUCUAGGCGGCGACGAGUACUACUACCCUUUCUACCAGAAUUCGGUACCUCCGCUGGCUGAAAUGGACGGCCCACUCGAUUUCAAUGAGCUGUACGACUUCCAGCAGUCUAUCAAUCCAGAAAUGCUGCCACCGCUGUCCCAAGUUUUCAAGAAGAGCGACGUCGACUACUUCCCGGAGUUCAAUUCGAAGAUGGACUACGAUUCGAAGUGGAAUUUGAAGAGGGGCGCAGCCGGUCUGCCCGCCCAUGGACUAUACAGACCGGUCUACAUUGACCUGAACAGCAGCGACAGGAACAAGAGGUCCAUCUACUCGAUCCCGGACGUCCUGGACCGAAAUGACGUCGACGUGCCUGACGAUUACGACACCGAAAAUGAUGAUAAGCGAUCAGUCGAUUUUGAUGAAGCUUUCCGUGACAAUUUUGAAAAGCGCCACAUUGGGUCCUUGGCUCGCUUAGGGUUAUUGCCUUCGUUUAGAUUUACUGGCGGCCGCUAUAGUAGGUCUGGACGGGCGAGAUUAUUAUUGCCUAGCCAGGAGUUAUACAGGAAGCAUUCCCCUAACGAGAAUUUCGGGUUUAGGCAAUAUAUCUCUGAUACCGAAGCUGACGCACCCGGCUCUGACGACGCCGACGUACCGCCGCCGGCAGUAUCUGCUCACACGCACCCGACCGGCCGCCUCCUCCACCGAUUGAGCGACAACCACAUCCCCCACUACCCGCACAAGCUCGACUACGACCGCUGGCAGCCCAACAGCCCCAAAUACUACUACUUCAGGUCCCUCAAAGUCCCCUACCACGCUUCCGGCAAGAGGUAUCUCGUUGAGCCCGAUAUGAAGAUGAGGAAAUCCCACACCAACGCGAGCCUGCCCAGCCGUCGGAAGAACCAGUAGCUGUGUGCUUGCAAGCUGGGCAGACAGCUGCGCGGCUAAACUCCGUCUAAGGAACUCUAUCAAUUAUAUCAAAUUGUAUUGAAUUAUGGGGAUAAUCAGGGUUAGUUCGCACUCAGAGCUAGUCCGGAUAAUUCAAGGUAAGGCUAGCAAGUAUUUUAGCUUGCGCUGGUUUAGUGUUUACUUCAAUUAUCCGGGCUUACCUUCUUCCGGACUUACCCUGAUUGGCCUGAUAUAUGAAAGUUGUGUUAUGUUCCUUGAUAUCCAUAGUUGUAACAUCAAAACUUGUAACUUUUAUAUUAGGCUAGCGGUGUAAGUCAUUCGGGAUCUAAAGACGACUUCGGCCAUUACAUAACGACUAUCAGAUAGUAAUAUAAUUGUGUUGCCAAUCGCAAAUUAGAUUAAGUCUAUUUUAAUGUAAUAGCUAGUCAAAUAAUUGAUGUGAUUAAUGAUUAGGUAAUUGUUACAUAGCAGUUAUCAAGGAAUUCUCUUUACAUCAUCACUUUUCGACGUCCGAAUUUCGUUAAACAAUAAUAUUGUGUGCUUUAAACAUUAAUAUCUAUUAUCUAUUCACAUAUCUGUACAAUAAGUAUACCUACAAUUUCCUCCUUUGGAAUAACAUCCAUUUUAGCUGUGUUUGACAAAUAAAUUAAACUAAAUAUUUUUAUAUUCUUAAACUUUUCGAUUUGACUCCUAUUGUAGCUUGAAGCUUUAAUAGAAUCCACUAAUUAUAGGAUUCGGACAAUAAUCGAAAAUAUGGCGACCACUUGGAUAAUAAUUUUAAAAUAUUUAUAUUGUAGUCUCCUUAUACAAGUCCUAUUCGUUAUCGAAAUGUAUUUUUAAAUAUAAGUACUAGUUGGAUUAACUCUAGUGUCCUAUUUAUUGUAAAUAAAGAAAAACUCACGACAGAU